AUGACCAGGCUCCGCGGAGCUUCUUUCGAUUCCCCAACCGCCCAGCCCGCCAGCGGCGAGCGACAGUACUGUCGGGCCAAAGUCCCCCAGAAUGCGCCCGAUGUCAUUGUCCAGAACACCAUCGAGGUCUCAGACUCGUCACGAGUGCUGCCGUGGUAUCGAGAUGAGCGAAGGCGACGGUUCAACGUCCUAGUGCGAAGGUACAAAAACCAGCUGCUUCAUGGCUGUGACGAUCCAGGAUGCCAAACUCCAACGUGCGCGAGUCGCCGUCGCCGCGUCAGCGAGGGCCCAUAUCGCCGAUACACUGAACUUAGUGCGCGAACCCUUGCCUGUUACCUCGCCAGCUUGGACGAUGCGGAGAGCGGACUUUGUUGCAAUACCCCGAAAAUUCCAUCUGAGCUGACCGUACACGACUAUCAUCGGAUUUCCUUACAACGGUCUCGUGCUAUCCAAGCCCAGGCAACCGCCGCCGCCGCAGCCGCCGAAGAGCAGAGCAGUUUUCUCCGCGGUCAGGACCCUGACAGUGGCAGUGCAUCUAAGAAGAAGGCGGAUGAAUGCAAGCCGGUCGGCUCGUUCAAUGGGGCUGAUGACGCGGGUUCGUCAUCUUCCCCAAGCGGGUACCCCAGUGGCUAUUACUUUCAGGACCUUGACUACGCUGCUGAGCAACCUUUGAAGGAUCCGAAAUCAUUCACACAGAAUCUAUUCGAUACAAUAUCGCUCCGAAUGGUUGAGUGGCUACCACUUCGUCGAACUACGGACUCCUUUCAACCCAAGUCGAAACAGCGCAUGUUACAACCGGGUACGGAGCUGUCCCACCCUGGCAAAGAACAUGAAUCACAACAUAAAGAUGUCCAAAAAGCAAAGCCGAACAAUGAUAAACCUACCCUGUCACUUAUACCAAAUCCACACCCACGCACUCCUUCAUCGCGAGCAUCAGCGACCCAAGCUCCAGGAACCCAAGCCUCGGCCGUCGAGCUCAAAUUCCAAAACCAACAUGUUAAGCGGCUUUCAUUGACUGAAAUGGACCAUUGGCGACAAACCACACGAUCUGGCUUAGAGGAGAAAAAAAGGCCUGAAUAUACAAAUAGAAAAGUGUCUAUGAAUUCGCAUAUUGCUUCAAGCGAUUUUGCUAGCAUGCCUUCCCCGCCAGCCUUGAAACAUCGACCACAAAAGCACCGGGGCAGAAUUGGCGAGAUGGAACAUCCCAGAGUGAAGGAGCGUUCCAAAAAUCAGCGUCGUGUCUCCUGGGAUAGUGAAAAGGUCCUCAACCAGAUUCCUCGGGCUGAAAGCCCUGGAAAUCAUCGUCGUCGACCUUCACAGGGAGAGUCUGACAACGCAUCUCCAGGCAGCCGCAAAGUCAAACACGAUUCAAGUCAUCGUUCACUUGAUCCAGUCCCAUUGGCGCAGACAGUGACUCAUUUCACUCCGGAAAUCAUCCAUGGCCUUGGUCAGAUCAUGGUUGAAUCCUCGGAGGAGGAAGAGACCUGGAAAGAAGAGAUGGACCACAUUCAGUCGACAGGGAGCUUUGACAAUCCGGAAUGGCGAUUCGCCACAUCUCGCCAGCGUCAAGUAUAUCCAUUUGUUUCACAGAGUGUGUUCUUUGUGUUCAGCAGUGCCAGGCACAUCUUGUCUUCCUUCGGGACAGACGGAAAGGGACUGCCUGCAUCGCCGGAGAGGGUUCCAGACAAGCGCCUUGAUGUUUCCAAUAUCCGGGGUUCUUUACAGAGUUUGUUUACCACAUGUCCUUGGGACAUCGCGUUGCACAGUCUAUGGACCACCUUGGAUCAUCUUUUUGUUCCGCCAGAUGACAUUUCCCCUUCUACUCGACCUUCGCGUCGCUCUUCGCGCAGUUCAACCAUGACAGGUCAAACUGGACCACCGCCAGUGGUUCGACGAGCGUCCGAGUCGGUAAGCGAUGAGCAUCUGUCUGACGGGGAUGCCGCCUACAUUGCCACUGUUGCUCUCUUUGUCUUGGUCAGCUCUAUUCCAGACAUUGAUGUAACAAUCUGGCGUCAGAUCCUACAAAUGCGCUCUUCGGGGAGUGUAGCGUCACCCGCUGCCAUGCAGAACAUAUCUUCGAGUCAGGUUCAGCGGGUCGUCGAAGCGACCGAUAGACUCGAACAUGACCUUGCGCUUCGCUUGAUUAAUCGACUUGUUCGAGCUCUUACUGCCCGUCUCGCAUAUCAUGAGAUAUCCAAAGCACGUCAGGUCUAUACCCUUGAUCUUCCGAAGCAGAGAGGUGGCAGUGUUCUUGAUCGCAUUGUGGAUCAUCUCAGCGAGCAGCAUACUGUUCAGCAAUCGAAGGCCGAUAGUUCUUCUUAUCAGCCCACCAGCUCUGCGCAUAUUAUUUUGGAAUGGUUACGAACACUGUUCUUACGUGAAUGGGAUGGCAAUCCCGAAAUGGCUCGCAGCAGUGCCACUGGAGGAGUAGUGCAAAUAUUGGCUUUAAUGUACAGAGAACGAAAUAGGCUGGGCCUAUUUCCCGAAGACUUCCAUACCUCGAUUCUCGCAGAGCGGCUGGACCCUCUUGAGAUGCCAGUGGCAUGGGUGGGCAGCCUCCCAAAUAACCGAACGAUGCAUCUCAUGUCAUAUGCCUUCCUAUUCCCCCCAUCAUACCUCGUCAUAUACUUCCGAGCUCUCAACUACUCUGCUAUGUCGAAAUAUUUCGAGGCUGCCAUGACUACGACCAGACACGUUACCCAGACCGCCUAUAGCAACGCCAUCAACGUCACCGAUGACUCUCCGCUCUUGCAACGACUGAAGAUUUCCAUGUCGACUUACUUUGUUCUCAAUGUGCGGCGAGAUAAUGUGUUGACGGAUUCCUUGAACCAGUUGUGGCGACGAGAGAAGCGAGAGUUGAUGCGACCACUGAAAGUCCAGAUGGGUAUGGAUGAAGGCGAAGAAGGUCUGGAUCAUGGUGGUGUUCAACAAGAGUUUUUCUGUGUCUUGAUGGCAGAGGCUCUUGAUCCAUCUUAUGGCAUGUUUACCAUGGACAGUCGACACCGUAUUUCCUGGUUUCGCCCCUGCCCCUUGGAACCGCUGUAUAAAUAUGAGCUCAUUGGCCUUCUGAUGUCCAUCGCCGUGUAUAAUGGUCUGACUCUACCCAUCAACUUCCCCAUUGCUUUCUACCGCAAAAUUUUGGGAAUGAAGGUGAAGCACUUGGAUCAUAUUCGAGAUGGAUGGCCAGAACUUACUAGCGGUCUUGAGUCGCUUCUAUCCUGGACAGAUGGCGACGUGGGCGAUAUCUUCAUGCGCACGUAUGAGUUCAGUUUUGAAACAUUCGGCGGCAUUGAGACCAUUGAUAUGCAAAAGGUUAACCGUGAUGCCCCCUGGCCAGUUCCAACCAAAGCCACAAGUGCCAGCAAGAUUGCAAAUCCUUCAGCAUCGCCUGAUGUGCCUCAACGUUGUGAAGCAGCAGGAUCGAGUUUGAACAGAUCCAUGCUAAAUGAAGCAACCGAACCGUCUUCCUUGUCGGCUUUGGUUGAGACGGCCGAGUCUACCCCCGAGUCUUUGCUGCUUCAAUAUCCUGCCCCUGUCUUAGACGAGGCACCCUUGGUAACAAACCAGAAUCGCCACCAAUUUGUCAAGGACUAUGUCUUCUGGUUGACAGACAAGUCUAUUCGGCCUCAGUUUGACGCAUUUUUACGCGGGUUCCACACCUGCCUUGAUCGGUCUGCCCUGUCUAUAUUCACACCCGAGGCUCUGAAGACAGUGGUGGAGGGUUUGCAGACCAUCGAUGUAAAGGAGUUGGAGAACCACGCUCGGUACGAAGGUGGCUUUGGACCAGACCACCGAGUCAUCCGGGACUUCUGGAGCGUGGUCCAACAAUACUCGGCAGAGAAAAAAGCGCAGCUCCUGGAGUUUGUUACAGCAAGUGACCGAAUUCCCGUGAAUGGCAUCUCAAGCAUCAUGUUUGUGAUCCAGAAAAACGGCGUGGGAGAUAUGCGCCUUCCAACCAGCCUCACAUGUUUCGGUCGACUGUUGCUCCCCGAGUAUUCCUCUAAGGAGGCUUUGGUAGAGAAGCUUGACAAAGCACUUGCAAAUGCAAGAGGAUUCGGUGUGGCGUGA